GCAGUUGGCAGCAUUGUCCGAUUCAAGCAGCGAUCUUUCAGUUUUUGUCAUUUUCUCUUGCGCAGUGUGAGCAGUACGUGUAGUUGUGUGACCGUUAUCGUGUUUGACGUCUCCUGCCAGCUCUCCAACACCCAAUUUUAGUGCAAAUAGUGUUUCGGAUAUCCCCUGCAUCACAUUUUGUAAUGCAAUAAGGAUUUAGUGGAAGUCGAGCCCCGGAACAUUAACAUGAAAAUGGUUUUAUCUCAACGCCAGCGAGAGGAGCUUAAUAAAGCCAUCGCUGAUUACCUCGGUAGCAAUGGUUACAUGAACGCACUAGAAGCGUUCAAGAAAGAAACGGACAUGCCGGGCGAGCUCGAGCGCAAGUUCGGCGGCCUCCUCGAAAAGAAAUGGACCUCUGUGAUAAGGCUCCAGAAGAAAGUCAUGGAGCUCGAAUCGAAACUCCACGAAGCGGAGAAAGAGUACAUCGAGGGGGCGCCGACGAGGGGCAAACGCAGCCCCGCCGACUGGAUCCCCAGGCCGCCGGAGAAAUUUUGCCUGACCGGUCACAGAGCGCCCGUGACGCGCGUCGUUUUCCACCCGAUGUUCAGCUUGUUCGUGUCGACGAGCGAGGACGCCACCAUCAAGGUGUGGGACUUCGAGACGGGGGAGUACGAGCGCACCCUCAAAGGCCACUCGGAUGCCGUCCAGGACGUCGCCUUCGACGCCUCCGGAAAGCUGCUGGUGUCGUGCAGCGCGGAUAUGUCCAUCAAGCUGUGGGAUUUCCACCAGAGCUACGAAUGCAUUCGGACGAUGCUCGGCCACGAUCACAACAUCUCGAGUGUGGCGUUCAUGCCGGCCGGCGAUUUCGUCGUGUCGAGCAGCAGGGAUAAGUCGAUUAAAAUGUGGGAGGUGUCGACGGGGUACUGCGUCAAGAGUUUCGUAGGACACAAGGAUUGGGUUAGAGUCGUGCGGCCAUCGCCCGACGGCACGUUCCUGGCGAGCUGUUCCAACGACCAAACCGUGCGAGUGUGGCACGUUUACUCGAAAGAAUGCAGGGCCGAACUCAGGGCACACGAACACGUCGUAGAAUUCGUAGCAUGGGCGCCCGAAUCGGCAGCGAAUGCCAUUAACGAGGCCGCCGGGGUCGACAACAAAAAGGGUUCUCACAUGGGACCUUUCCUAGCGUCGUGCUCAAGGGACAAAACCAUCCGAAUAUGGGAUGUAGGGGCAAGCGUAGCUCUCUUCGUUCUAACGGGCCACGACAACUGGGUUCGAGGGGCCGUUUUCCACCCAGGUGGCAAAUUCCUAGUGUCCGUCAGCGACGACAAAACACUGAGAGUCUGGGAUUUGAGGAAUAAACGCUGUUUUAAGACGUUAGAUGCUCACAAACAUUUUUGUACGUCUGUAGAUUUCCACAGAUCACAUCCUUACGUGAUUUCGGGAAGUGUAGAUCUAACGGUGAAAGUGUGGGAGUGCCGCUAGGCCGGCGGCAUCCAGGCAGGAGUCGCACUACGGAAAAUAAAGAACUCAAAAGUGGCGUUCGCGUCAGUUGGUGUGUAUGAUUAUUAUUUAAGCGAAAACUUUUAUUCUGUUACAUAAAGGUUUUAUUUAGUGCAAAUAUUUCAGUUAUUUAACUAAUUUGAGUCUUGUGAUUUUGUUCUAUGUAACGUUAUACAGAUUACAUUAUUUAACAACGUAUUUAAGGUCUGUAAUUUUUCCCCGAGGCACUCUUGUGGUUUCUUAGAACAAAAACAUUUUGUCGUUGUUAUUUUCGUUACAUCAACGGGAUUUUUCCUUAUUUAUGUGAUAUUUUGAGGAAACUGCAAGUUUGUUAACUAGUUAUUCUUAUAAACGCUUCAAAUAUUUAAAAGGCAGUGGAUAAUAGUGCGCUGGAAUUGUUGCUGAUAUUUAGCAUGGAGUUUAUUGUUGAAUUAUUUUUUGUUUACUGUUGAGUAUCAGUGAUGGUUUCACGAGUAGAGCUUCGUUUCAGUUCGUCAAGCAUCUUAGAAAUAUUAACAAUAUUUAUAUAGAAAUCUAGAUUUCAGAAUUUCAAAGUUUUGUGACAGUCGCAACUAGUAAGUAACUAUAAUCUUCAAUGUAGAUCUUGAAAAUGUAUAUUGCACAAGUUCCGCUUCCGUUUUUUCUUUUACAUGUACAUAUUUCGGUAGCGUUUCUGUUUUGUAAAAAUACUCAGUUCAAGUGUACUUCAUAACAAUAUUUUAUUUUUUUAAUUCCGGAACACUAGUUUUUUUUUUCUUCGUUUUCUUUAAGGAGUUUACCAAAUCGCUUGCUUUAUCAUGUAUAAUGGCACAAUGUUCAUAUAUAGCCUUACAUUGUCUUUUUGAGUAGAUUUUGUGAAUAAUUUCUUCUGUAUAUAAAUAAAAUUGUCUCUCCAUAA